GUCCCAUCCGAGUACAGUACCCUCAAGCCCUGAGGUGAAGGAAAGUUGAAAGUUCCUUCGGCGUGAGUGAAGGGAAAGUCGGUUCGAAGACUUUUGAUAGGAAUUGAAUCCAUCUAUAAAGAAGAAUAGCAUAGCGCGAGCAAAUCAAGCAGCUUGCAAGAUUGUAGUUGCAUCAGUCUGCAAUCGAAGAGUUAAUAUUUCUUUGAAACGAAGAAAGACUCGUGUUUCGGAGAAGACAUCUCGAUGGCAGGCCCUUCUAGGCCAUCAUCUGGUUGGAGUUAUGAUGUGUUCCUGAGCUUCAGAGGUGAAGACACUCGCAAUACCUUUACCGGUCAUCUCUACAAUGCGUUGGAUGAUGCUGGAAUUCACACUUUCAAGGACGAUGAACAACUCUGCACGGGUGAGGAGAUUGGCCCAGAGCUACUAUCUGCGAUCGAGGAAUCGAGAAUCUCGAUCCCCAUCUUCUCGAAGAACUACGCGUCUAGCAAAUGGUGCCUUAAUGAGCUCGUCAAGAUAGUUGAAUGCAGUAAAACUAUGAAUCAACUUGUCCUUCCCAUUUUCUACGAUGUUGAUCCCUCGGACGUGCGUAACUUCACUGGGAGCUAUGCGGAGGCUCUUCGGAAACACAACAACAGUUUCCAUCAGAUGAUCAUAGAGCAGUGGAAAGAAGCUUUGAGAGAGGUUGGGGGAUUGACAGGUUUGGAGUUGAAGAAAAUCGCUAACGGGCAUGAAGGGACAUUAGUUAAGUUAGUUGUUGCAGAAGUUUCUUGUAAAUUAAGAAAAUAUUUUCAGAUUGUUCCUGAUGACCUGGUUGGAAUCCAAUCUCAUGUAGAAAAAAUGGUGAACUUGUUAGACAUUACAUCUGAAGAUAUAAAGAUUGUGGGAGUCUGUGGGCUGGCUGGGAUUGGUAAGACUACUAUCGCCAAGGUUGUCUACAAUACAAUCUCGCAUCACUUUGAAGGAUGUAGCUUUCUUGCAAAUGUUCGAGAAUCCUCUCAACAUUAUAGGGGACUUGUCGAUUUGCAAAAUCAACUGGUCUCUAAUAUAUUGAAAGGAGCAAGACCCAACAUUAUGAAUGUAGAUGAAGGAAUUAAUGUGAUAAGUAAAAGACUUUGCAGGAAAAAAGUUCUUAUUAUUCUUGAUGAUGUGGAUGAAAAUUUUCAAUUAGAGGCAUUAAUCAAGAAGCGUGGUUGGUUUGGUUUGGGAAGUAGGAUUAUAAUCACAACAAGAAAUGGGCAUAUCUUAGCUAGUCAUGAAGUGGAUAAGAUAUAUGAGCCUAAUGAAAUGGAUGAAAAUCAUUCUCUUCAACUAUUUUCCAGGCAUGCCUUCAGAAGGGACCAACCUCCGGACGACCAUUUAGAUCUCUCAAAAGACAUUGUAAAUAAUACUGGAGGGCUUCCCUUGGCUCUUGAGGUUAUCGGUUCAUCUUUAUUUGGUAUGAGAAAAUCAGCAUGGCUAGAUACACUAAAGAUGUUGCAAGGUGAUUUUCUUCAUGAUAAAGUUCUGGAAAAGUUGAAAAUAAGUUAUGAUGGCUUAAAGGAUUUGGAAAAAGAGAUAUUUCUUGAUAUUGCAUGCUUUUUCACUGAAAUGGAUAAAAAUAUUGCAUGUCUCAUAUGGGAACAGUGUAACUUUUACCCUGGAAUAGGAGUUGAGGUUCUUUGCCAAAAGUCUUUGGUAAAGAUUGGUGAAAAUAAUGAAUUAAAGAUGCAUGAUCUGCUUAGAGAUCUUGGAAAGGAAAUCAUUCGUCAUGAAAGCCGUAAGGUGCUUGGAGGGCGAAGUAGGUUGUGGUCUCAUGAGGAAGCCUUGGAAGUAUUAGAUUCACAUACGGGGACGGAUAGAGUUGAAGGGUUGUGUAUUGAUUUCGGAGGCAGUUCAAGAAGCCAACGAUGUUUGAUGAGUGAAGGAUUUAUUAGAAUGAAAAAACUCAGGUUACUCCAAGUUGAUUAUGCGCACUUUGCUCCAGACUUCAGACCUUCUUUUUCAGAUCUGAUAUGGCUUAGAUGGAAAGGAUGCCCUUGGGAAUUUACACUAACAAAAUUUGAUCCAGUGAAGCUUGUUGUUCUUGACCUGUCAUAUAGUCUUGUUACAAUUAAUUGGAUGGGUUGGAAGUACCUCAAGGUGGCAAAAAAUCUAAAAGUUUUGAAUCUGGGAGGGUGUCGAUACCUAUACCAGACUCCUGAACUAAAUCAUCCCUUGGAGAUCUUGAGUCUUGAAAACUGUGAAAAUUUGGUUGAGAUUGAUGAAUCCAUCAACAGUCUUGAGAGGCUAGUCAUAUUGAAUAUGAGGGGAUGCACGAAACUAAGGGAUCUACCAUAUGUCAUCUGGGGGUUGACUUCUCUCAGAAACCUCAACAUACAUCAAUGUGAAGGUUUGGACAAGUUACCUGAUUCCAUAGGUUUUCUCAAAAACCUAGAGACUUUUGAUGCCAGUUUUUGUUAUAUGAGGGAUGGAGCAAUUCCGGAUGCUUUAGGGUGGCUAUCCUCUUUGGAAACCUUGAGACUAGGUGGAAAUAAUUUUCAUAGCCUACCAGUGACAGUUUCUAGCCUCUCCUCGCUCCAAACACUUGAUUUAAGGUUCUGUGACAAACUGCAAUCGCUCCCAGAAUUUCCUUCUAGUUUGAAAAUUUUAAAUGUUAUGAGAUGCAGAUCUUUGAGAUCACUCCCAAGGCUUUCAAACCUGACAAAUUUAGAGGUAUUGUGUCUUGAUGAUUGUGAAAAUCUAGUGGAGAUGCCAGAAUUGUCAGGGCUGAGAAAUUUAGAGAAAUUAAGUCUUGAUAAUUGUCAGAGAUUAGAAGAGAUUAAAGGCCUUGAAGGGUUGGAUUCUCUACAACUGUUGACAAUGAAGAACUGUGGAUCAUUAACAAAAAUUGGGAAAAUAUCCAGCUUGAGGAAACUGAAAGAAUUAAGAUUCACGGGCUGCUCAAAACUAAUGGUAUUAGAAAUGGAAGGCUGCGUGAGCUUACUUGAGAUUAAGGGCCAUGCGGGAUUGCAUUCCUUGAAGCAUUUGACAAUAAAGGGGUGCGCAUCAUUAAUGCAAAUAACGGGACUGUUUGCCGCACUCGAGAUGCUAGAAAUCUUGGACUGCAUAGCAAUGGAGAUUAUUGGAUCUCUCCUGCUUGGGAAACUUGAAGCAUCUAUCCAUUUCCGGGUGUGCCAAUCUAAAGGAGAUUCAAGGCCUCACUGGAUUGAGAUCCUUGGAGAAGUUAGAUUUGAAUGAUUGCAUAUCUAUGGAAAGAAUAACAGAUCUCUUCUACUUGGGAAAACUGAAGCAACUAUCCGUUGCCGGGUGUGUCAAUCUAAAGGAGAUUAUAGGGCUCUGUGGAUUGGUAUCAAUAGAGAGGAUGGAUUUUACUGGAUGUGAGUUUAUAAAAACAUUGCCAGUUCUCUACUCGAGACGAUUGAAGCAUUUAUCUGCUGCUGGGUGCAUCAAUCUAAAGGAUAUUCCAGGCCUUGAUAGAUUGAAAUCCUUGGAGACACUGGAUUUUAGUAAUUGCAUAUCUAUGGAAAGGUUACCUGAUCUCUCCAACGCGAGAAACUUGAAGCAUCUAUCCAUUACCGAGUGUGUCAAUCUAAAGGAGAGUAAGACCUUAAUAGGUUGGAAUCCUUGGAGACAUUGGAUUUUAGUAAUUGCAUAUCUAUGGAAAGGUUGCCUGAUCUCUCCAACUCGAGAAACUUGAAGCAUCUAUCUAUUACCGGGUGUGUCAAUCUAAAGGAGAGUAAGACCUUAAUAGAUUGGAAUCAUUGGAGAGGUUGGAAUUUUUUGGUUGCAGUUUAUGGAAAGUGUUAAAUAUUGUAGGUUUUCUAAACAUGAUGGGCCUAUACCACGGUAGGAGAAGUUCUGAAUCCUAUCGUGAUCUAGGAUUCUCUCUCUCUUGGUUCCCUUCAUCCGUCUGAGCUAACCUUCUCUUUUUCUUUCGUUUCUUCAAAAAUUUUGAUUUAUUAUAUUUAGUUUUGUCACAGAAAGUUUACCGGAUCUCUCCAACUUAAGAAACUUGAAGCACCUGUCUACCAACAAGCAGUGUUUUAGUAAUCGGUAUUGGAUACAAUAUUACCUUGGCUGAUAUCGAUUUGAAUUGGCUUGUAUCGAUCUGGGUUGGAGAUGCAUCACUGUUUUCCUAAAUAAAAUAGAUUUUUUUA